AUACAUUUAGAAAAUAUUUUAUUUUUUUUUUUUAAUUUAAAAAAUAAUAAUAAAAAAAAGUAUAAUGUAGCUAUUGAAAUUAGGUGUAAAAUCGAAAACAGACUAUUUUAUAAUUACUUCUUUUCAUUCCGAUCUCUUUGAAUUGAAUCAAAAUCAAAUUGCAAAGAACCGAAGCCGGAGAAGAUGAUCGUCUGCGUCGCCGUCGUAGGCCACCAGAACAAUCCACUCUACAUACAGAGCUUCACCGAUGCCGAUGACGCUCUGAAGCUUCAUCAUAUCGUCCAUUGUUCCCUCGAUGUCGUUGAUGAGCGAGUGAACAAUCCCAAAAAGUCUGGAUCAGCAUUGAACGAGACAUUUUUAGGUCUGCUUUAUCCUACUGAGAAUUACAAAGUGUAUGGCUACUUAACUAACACAAAGGUCAAGUUCAUCUUGGUGACGACAGAUUUAGAUGUUAGAGAUCCAGAUGUUAGAAAUUUUUUUAGGAGAUUUCAUGCUGCUUAUGUAGAUGCAGUUUCAAACCCAUUUCAUGUGCCGGGCAAAAAGAUAACCUCCAAAACUUUCGCAGAAAGGGUUAGUAACAUUGUUAAGUCAUUUGGGUUGAAUGCUGCUGUGUGAAGGGAGGUGGAUUGGAAUUGAAUUUUGAAAGGGUCUUUGCCUUAUCAAGUUGGUGGAUUAUUUUGAUAUUUGGUCUCUUCUCUUGAGAAAUUGAGCAUGUUUUUAGUUCUUGCUCAGUGUUUGUAUAACUUAUUAUUGAAGUUGUACCAGAGUUAAAUAGUGAUUUAUUUUGUUUGAAAAAGUAAAAAAGAAGAAAAACAGUGAAUGUUAACUGUUAUGUUCCCAUUUCUGAUUAUAAAUACUUUAAUUACUGUAUACUUGUGUAAUCUUUGGCUUUAUAUGAUUAUCAAGUGUGUUGAAUUAAA